AUGUCCAACGUCAAGACGAUCUUCAUCACCGGCACAUCUUCUGGCAUUGGCCUCGCCACCGCCAAACUAUUUCACGCAAAAGGCUGGAAUGUUGUGGGCACCCUCCGCGACACUUCCCAAGAGAAUCCACUCAAAUCUCUUGAUCCUUCUCGCGUGCUACUAGUCCAAAUGGACGUUGCAGAUCCAAGCUCCAUCAGCCCCGCCAUCGAAGCAGCUAUUGAGAAAUUCUCAAAGGUCGAUCUACUAGUCAAUUCCGCUGGAUAUGGUCAAAGCGGGAUAUUUGAGAUGCUUUCGCCUGAGCAGGUGAGGAGGCAGUUUGAUGUCAAUGUAUUUGGUGUAAUGGAUGUAAUACGAACCUUCCUACCUCACUUGCGUAUUGAGGGAGGAGGAAUAAUAAACAUCAGCUCUGGCGCUGGUGUGUUCACUCUUCCGAUGCUCUCCAUGUAUUGUGCCUCCAAGUUUGCAUUGGAAGGCUUUACCGAGGCACUUUCAUAUGAGCUCGCUUCCCAGAAUAUCUUCGUAAAGAGUGUCAUACCCCACGGGGGUGUCACGUCGACGAACUUCAACGCUACCUCGGCAGCAUUAACACCCAUGGACCUGUCAAAGGCUCCAUCAUACGCAGCCUACGCAAUGAAGACCGCGAACGUCUAUAAGAAGAUGUCUGCCGCACCGAUGAUAUCAUCGGACAAUGUCGCAGACAUGAUUUACGCUGCUGCGACUGACGAGACAGAUCGGCUGCGCUAUUUUGUCGGGAACGACACAAGAGGUUUCAUCAAGGCACGAUAUGAGUCGAGCAGCGACGGAGAAUAUGUGAAGCACAUGAGAUCCUUCUUCGCGUGA